AUGGAGCAGUUCAAACUACAUCUUCAGUACAUGAAGCUGGCCAGCCUGCGGCAUGCAGAAGAGUUCAAGGUGGCUAAGCGCACCAAGAAGGUUGGGAUUGUGGGUAAAUAUGGUACCCGUUAUGGUGCGUCCCUUAGGAAAAUGGUGAAGAAGAUUGAAAUUAGCCAGCAUGCCAAAUAUACCUGCUCCUUCUGCGGCAAGACCAAAAUGAAGAGGAAGGCUGUGGGUAUCUGGCACUGUGGAUCCUGCAUGAAGACAGUUGCUGGUGGUGCCUGGACUUACAAUACCACCUCUGCAGUGACAGUCAAGUCUGCGAUCAGAAGACUGAAGGAAUUGAAGGACCAGUAGACGCUACAUCCUGUUCUCCUUGUGCAACAUCCUUUUUUCCCACUGCCAAGAUCUGUCCUUUUAACAAUAAAAAGGUGAUAAUGAAGUGGAA